UCAAAAAUUAUAAACUCUCCUAAAUUAUAAUAACUUUGUACAUUUACAUUCGAAAUCUGCAUAUAAUUGAAAAAUUGUAUUUUAAUUUUGGGGGCUUUUAUGUAGUUUUGGGGGUUAUUCGCAAAUCACAUAAAAGCUAAGACCCCGAUAUGUUAAUUGUCCAAAACCCACGAAAGCGUUCUAGUUUUCCCUCUCAAAAAGCUCCCACCUUUAGGGUUCCUCAAUCAAUCAUUUAGAAAUCCCUAAUUCAAUCGUCUAAUUAGGUUUUCAAUUCCAAUUCCCAUCCAAAAAUCUCCUCUUUCACCUUCUCAAUUUCUUGGAUCAAACCCAUUUUUCUCCACAGUGCGAAAUCGAGGUUAAUUGGGUCGGGGGAGGGUAAAAACACGAUGGCGGUGAACCUGACGGCGGAAGCGAUAGCGAAGAUGUUGAAUGGAGAAGUGACAAGUGAGACUGAUAUGACGCCAGUGCUGCAAGUUACAGAGUUGAAGAUGAUUCAGACCAAGCUUAAUCAGAAUCAUGAAUCAAGCAAUCGAUACAAGAUUACUUUAUCCGAUGGGAUCCUCUGGCAACAAGGCAUGCUUAAUACUUCAUUGAACAGUCUCGUUAUACAAGGCAGUAUUCAAUUUGGUUCGAUUGUGAAACUCACUCGUUUCGUCUGUAAUCAAGUCCAGUCUCGAAGGAUCGUUGUUGUUGCGGAUGUGGAGAUUCUUGUGGAGAAAUGCGAUAUUAUUGGCCCUCGUGUACAAUCUGGGAAGCCUAAUGAACCUGGCCAAAGCUCAGUGUUUGAUCAACAACGUGGUGGAUUGGGAUCUGUAAACACACAACAAAGCAAUGGUGGUGGCUUUGAGCAGCAACAAGCUAGAAGGACUGAUUUGAAUGGUGGGAGAUAUGGUGCAUCUGCUAAUUCACCUCAACCUCAAGUUGUUCAUAACAAUCCUGACGCUGUGAGAUAUGGUGUAUCUGCUAAUUUACCUCAGCCUCAAGUUGUUCAUAAUAGUUCUGACGCUGGGAGAUAUGGUUUACCGGCUAAUUCACCUCAGCCUCAUCAAGUUGGUCAUAACAGUUCUGACGCCGGGAAAUAUGGUGCUAAUUUAGCUCAGCCUCAAGUUGGUCAUAACAGUUCUGACGCUGGGAGAUAUGGUCUACCGGCUAGUUCACCUCAGCCUCAAGUUGGUCAUAACAGUUCUGACGCUGGGAGAUAUGGUCUACCGGCUAGUUCACCUCAGCCUCAAGUUGGUCAUAACAGUUCUGACGCUGGGAGAUAUGGUCUACCGGCUAGUUCACCUCAGCCUCAAGUUGGUCAAAGAUAUGGUACUGGUUCUGGUUAUCCAGAAACAUCACCUUCCAGUAGGCCAUAUGGGAGCUCAAAUGCAGGUUAUGGGGGCUCUAGGUUAGAGCAACCUCGGGCACCUGCAACAACCGCUUAUUCCCGACCAGUUCAAUCGAGUUACCAGCCACAGCCACCACCGAUGUAUGUUAACAGGGGACCUGUGGCUAGGAACGAAGCUCCCCCGAGGAUAACUCCGAUUGCUGCUCUUAAUCCUUACCAGGGUCGGUGGACCAUCAAGGUCAGGGUAUCGUGUAAGGGAGCACUGAGGCGUUUUAGUAAUCCGCGUGGAGAAGGGAAAUUGUUCAAUUUUGAUCUCCUUGACUCUGGUGGUGGGGAAAUACGGGUGACUUGUUUCAAUGAUGUGGUUGAUCAGUUCUUUGACCAGAUUGUAGUUGGUAAUGUGUAUCUGAUUUCAAGGGGGAGUUUGAAACCUGCUCAGAAGAACUUCAAUCAUCUUCAAAAUGAUUAUGAAAUACAUUUAGACUCUGCAUCAACGAUACAGCAAUGCUAUGAAGAUGAUCCUACCAUUCCACGCCAUCAGUUCCAUUUUCGUAACGUUGGUGAUAUUGAAAACAUGGAGAGCAACAGCAUAACUGAUCUUAUUGGUAUCGUUUCGUCUAUCAAUCCGGCAGUAUCCAUUAUGCGGAAAAACCAAACUGAGGUACUUAAAAGGGCACUUCAGUUAAAGGAUAUGUCAGGCAGAAGUGUCGAGUUUACCAUGUGGGGUGAUUUCUGCAAUGCGGAAGGACAGAAAUUACAAAUGCUUUGUGAUUCUGGGGCAUCCCCGGUUCUUGCUGUGAAGGCAGGCAGGAUCAGUGAAUUCAACGGGAAGCAAGUGAGCACCAUUGGAUCAAGUCAGUUGUUCAUAGAGCCAGAUUUCCCUGAAGCCAGAGAAUUAAGAGAAUGGUAUGAGAGAGAAGGAAGAAACGCUCAUUUUACCUCCAUAUCAAGAGAGUUUACUGGUGCUGGCAGACAAGAACUUCGCAAGGUAAUUACUCAGAUCAAGGACGACAAGCUAGGGACCUCAGAGAAGCCAGACUGGAUCACAGUCUGUGCCACCAUUUCAUUCAUGAAGGUUGAAAAUUUCUGCUACACGGCUUGUCCUAUCAUGAAUGGAGAUCGUCCGUGCAGCAAAAAAGUCACAAAUAAUGGAGAUGGGACAUGGCGUUGUGAGAAGUGUGACAAAUCUGUGGAAGAAUGUGACUACAGGUAUAUAUUGCAGAUCCAGUUACAGGACCAUACUGGUCUAACCUGGGCCACAGCAUUCCAGGAAGCUGGUGAGGAGAUAAUGGGAAUAUCUGCGAAAGAUUUGUAUUAUAUCAAGUAUGAACAUCAGGAGGAGGAGAAAUUCGAAGAUAUCAUCCGCAGUUUUACUUUCUCCAAGUACAUUUUUAAGCUGAAGAUUAAAGAAGAAACUUAUAGCGACGAGCAACGGGUUAAAGCAACUGUUGUGAAAGCUGAAAAGAUUAACUAUUCUUCAGAUACCAGGUUCAUGCUAGAGGCAAUGGAUAAACUCAGGACAGGAGAUGCAAAUUCUCUUCCUGUAAAGCUAGAGAGUUCCAACUACAGGUCUGAUGCAUUGAACUCCGGUAUUGGAACCUCGGGAACUAGAGAGACCGCAUCAGUGGACGCACGCAGAGAUUUUGGAUUACCUGCAGCAAACCAAGUGGGUCAAUAUGGAAAUCAGUAUGCAGGGCCUAUCAACGGUAUUACUAGCUGUAACGCUUGUGGUAGCAAUGGUCAUGUUUCUGCAAACUGCCCAAGCCUUAUGAGCGAGCCACAAGGACAAUACACACAAGGAAGAUACACAGGAGGUGGCACGCCAAGGCAACAUGUUGGCGGCUACUGAAAACCUCUAGUGACUAUUUCACAUCAUGGUCAUCAUCAUCUGGAUACAAAGGUACUAAGGUCAGAGGCUGUUUUGACCGUUUAAGUGUACUCAUCUACAUUGGAUGUUUGAGUUCCGUUUUUGUGGGUCUUAGUCUAUUUUUUCUCUGUUUGCCAAUUGAACUCUGAAGAUGUUGGUGCUAAUGGUUCUUUUGUGUUUUUGUUUUCUUUGUAUAAAUCUCAUUAAUAUUUUAGAUAUGGUAACGUUUCUGUGCUCAAUAUCAGAUUCAAAUAAAGUCGGUAAGUUU